AAUUCCAAAAUAUAGCAGGAGAAAACCCUCCUCAAAACCCUGAUUCCCUGCCCAAGCGAGUCAUCAAUGGGAGAAAACCAGGAGCAAGCGCCCGAGUCAGACAUGGAAGCAGUAGAUACAGAAGCCACACAAUCCAUUGAACAAGAUAACUCAUGGCCUGUAAUUAGGUUCGAUUUGCCUCCACAGAGAACUCACCAUUUCUACAAACGAUUCAGAACGAGUCCAAUUCCUAACAAUUUCUUCAAAGGAAUCAAAUGGUCGCCUGAUGGGUCGUGUUUUAUAACAAGCUCUGAGGAUAAGACCUUGAAUAUCUUCUCAUUACCAGAUAAUGGAAGCAGUGGUUAUUCUAAUGCAACUUCUUUGGAUGCCGAUCAAGAUUCAUAUGAUGCUAGCCUCAUUGUGAAGGAAGGAGAGUCUGUUUAUGACUUCUGUUGGUACCCGCAUAUGAAUGCUUCAGACCCAGUUAGUUGCGUAUUUGCUACUAGUACUCGUGACCAUCCAAUUCAUCUUUGGGAUGCAAGUUCUGGCCUGUUGCGAUGCACAUACCGUGCUUAUGAUGCUGUCGAUGAAAUUACUGCUGCCUUUUCAAUUUCUUUCAAUCCUGAUGGGACCAAGAUGUUUGCUGGAUACAACAAAACUGUAAGAGUAUUUGACAUACAUCGGCCUGGUAGAGAUUUUGUACAGUAUUCUACUCUUCAAGGAAAUAAAGAGGGGCAAACAGGUAUAAUAUCUGCAAUUGCCUUUUCACCAACCCGUUGUGGCUUACUAGCCACUGGCUCUUAUAGCCAAACUGCAGCAAUCUUUAGAGAGGACAAUAUGGAACUUUUAUAUGUUUUGCAUGGUCAAGAAGGUGGGAUUACACAUAUCCAAUUCUCAAGAGAUGGAAACUACCUUUAUACUGGAGGACGGAAGGAUCCAUAUAUACUGUGCUGGGAUAUGCGCAAAACUGCUGAAGUUGUUUAUAAGCUAUACAGAUCCUCGGAAACAACCAACCAGCGAAUAUCGUUUGAUGUUGAGCCUGGUAGCCGAUAUCUGGGCACGGGUGGUCAGGAUGGUCUGGUUCAUAUUUAUGAUCUACAAAAUGGGCAGUGGACUUCUGGAUUUCAGGCUGCUGCAGACACAGUUAACGGUUUCUCUUUCCAUCCAUUCUUGCCUAUGGCUGCCUCUUCAUCCGGGCAUCGAAGAUAUCAAGUUGUUGAUGAUGAGCCUGAAGACUUAUGCCUGAAUCGUGAUGAAAACUGCGUAUCUGUGUGGAGUUUCUCCUACGCUUCAGCUAUGGAGAAUGGCGAUAUCCAUGACGGUGAAUUCAACACUCAAUUAUAAAAUGAUCCGAAUCAUCAGGAUGCUUGAGCUCCUCCAUUAGAAAAUGUCUUUGUUGUAAUUGAUAGAAACAAACAUAUACAUUACUAGUCAUUGUACAUUUGUGAUUCCACACAAACUAAGGAGAUGUUUCAAAGAAUUUAGCUAGCUUAGACAUGUAUGUAACUUAGAUUCUUUUUAUGUUGAAUUUGAGGAUUAAUAUUUACCUCCUCAGCUGACUA